UAACAGGAACGGGGGACUGGAUCAACCUCCAGUCGUCUCCACUGACAUCAACGAUACGGAAUAGUGUCAUACAGGUAAGAAAGCCACAUGCGGUAUAGAAAUUUCCCUCCAACACGAGAUAUCUUCGACACCUUGCCCAAACCCGCCCAAUCAGCAGAAGGAAUCGCAGCCUACCCAUCAACUAAUAUCCAUCCCACCAACUAGGAGAUCCAAGAUACCUACACUUGAAAAUGGCUUCCCGGAAAUCCAUCCUCAUCAUCAACCCCAACAGCACCCAAUCCAUGACCGACGGCCUCAAACCCCUCGUCGACUCCCUCCAUUUCCACAAUACCACCUACACCUAUUUCACCGCCCCCAGCGGCCCUCCCUCUAUCAACUCCGCCACCGACACCACCGCCUCCGCCCAGCACUGCCUCCCCUCCCUCCUCCACCUCCUCCCCCACCAUGACGGCUUCCUCAUCGCCUGCUACUCCGCGCACCCUCUCGUCGCCCUCCUCCAGGCGCACGAGACGGUGCGCGCCGGGAAGAAAAUGGUCACCGGGAUCUUCGAAGCGAGCGUCGCCACGAGCCUACAGUGCCUGGCGCCAGGCGAGCGGUUCGGGAUCGUGAGCACGGGGCAGGCGUGGGAGGCGAUGUUGAGCGAGGCGGUGCGGGAUUUCUUGGGGGCGGAGACGAGCGCGCGGUUCGCCGGGGUGGAGACGACGGGGUUGACGGCGGUGGAGCUGCAUGAUGUGGGGGCGGAGGUGGUGGGGGAGAGGAUGCGGGAGGCGGUGGGGCGGUUGGUGCGGAGAGGGGAGAUCGGGGCGGUGUGUUUGGGGUGUGCAGGGAUGGCGGGAAUGAAUGAGAUGGUGAGGGGGGCGUUGGUGGGGGAAUUGGGGGGGGAGAAGGGGGGGAGGGUGAAGAUUGUGGAUGGGGUGCAGGCGGGGGUGGCGUGGUUGGAGGGGGCCAUUCGGAUGGAGUUCUGA